AUGUUUGUAAUUUUAGAGACCAUUCAGAACGGACACUGUUUGCGGGGGCGUGGCAAAUCGCUGAGUACGGUAGCUGUCGAUACGAGCAGUCAUAAAGCGGUAGCGGUCGUAAACCAGCCGUUCCCGGUAAGCAGUGGACUGCUGCUAUAUAUCACCGCUGUCCCCGCGUCCUCUCAGGUAAGCAGUGGCUCCAGUUCCCACGUUCAGGCCUUCGCUGUGGAUCGCUUCUUCGGAGGUCAUGAUGGACAAGAAGAUUCUGAUGAGAGGGUAGGAAGAUCUUGA